ACCGGCACCAUGGCCAUCCCCUGCGUGGAGCUCAGCAAUAAGAUGAAGAUCCCCGCUCUGGGGCUGGGCACCUGGCAGGCUCCCCCAGGAAAGGUGGAAGAGGUGGUGAAGUUUGCUAUUGAUGCUGGCUACCGCCACUUCGACUGUGCCUAUUUCUACCAGAAUGAAAAUGAAAUAGGGAACGCGGUCCAGCAGAAGAUCAAGGAGGGAGUUGUGAAACGGGAAGACCUCUUCAUUGUCACAAAGCUAUGGAACACAUUCCAUGAGAAGUCCAUGGUUAAGGUAGGAUUCAAGAAGAGCCUUGCUGCACUGCAACUGGACUACCUCGACCUCUACCUGAUGCACUUCCCGAUGGGAUUCAAGGCUGGUGAAGAGCUGCAUCCUCUGGAUGAUAAAGGUCACAGUAUUCCCAGUGACACUGAUUUUCUGGACACAUGGGAGGCCAUGGAAGAGCUGGUGGAUGCUGGUCUGGUAAAAGCCAUUGGUGUCUCCAACUUUAAUCAUGAGCAGAUUGAAAGAAUCUUGAACAAGCCUGGACUGAAGCACAGGCCUGUAAUGAACCAGGUGGAAUGCCAUCCCUACCUGACCCAGGAGAAGUUGGUCAAGUACUGUAAAUCCAAAGGGCUGGCUGUGACUGCGUACAGCCCCCUGGGCUCUCCUAACCGCCCCUGGGCUAAGCCAGGGGAACCCACGCUUAUGGACGAUCCCAAGAUUAAAGACAUUGCAGCUAGACAUCAUAAAAGCCCUGCCCAGGUGCUGAUCCGCUUUCUGAUCCAAAGAGACAUCAUUGUCAUUCCCAAGUCAGACAAACCACACCGUGUGGAGGAGAACAUGAAGGUGUUUGACUUUGAGCUGUCUAAAAAGGAGAUGGAUGUCAUCCUGAGCUUUAACAGGAACUGGAGGGCAGUUCCAGUGGUCCAAGCUGCCAACCACAAGGACUACCCAUUCAAAGCAGAGUAUUAA